GCCUCCCGUCUCCAGUGUGUCUGAGCAGCGGGAGAUGGAGUGUCGGGAGGCCGUAGUUUCCUCCCUGAGUUGGGCUCUGAUCGCCGGCGGAGCGCUGUACCUGCUGCAGCAGACGCGGAGCCACACGCCGUACGGCCGCUACGCGCCGCCGAGGGAGAGUCGCUGCUGCCCGGCCAGACUGGGCUGGUUCCUCCAGGAGGUCCCGGCCUUCCUGCUGCCGCUGCUGCUACUGCUUUAUACCGAUGCGGAGCCGGACAACACCGGGGACCGGAGCACGGGGAGGAAGCUACUGCUCGGCACCUUCAUGCUGCACUACUUCCACAGGACGUUUAUCUACUCCUUCCUGAUGAGAGGACGGCCCGUCCCGCUGACCAUCGUCCUGUACGCCGCCAUCUUCUGCUCGCUCAACGGCUUCCUGCAGGGUCACUUCCUGCUGCACUGCGCCCGCUACGACCACGGCUGGCUGACGCACGCUCGGCUCGCCACAGGUUUUCUUCUGUUUGUUUGCGGUUUGAUCGUCAACAUCCACAGUGACCACAUCCUGCGCAGCCUGAGACGACCAGGGGAGACCAUCUACAGGAUCCCCUAUGGGGGAAUGUUUGAGUUUGUGUCUGGCGCUAACUUCUUCGGAGAGAUCGUGGAGUGGUGUGGUUACGCCCUCGCCACGUGGUCGUUACCGACCUUCGCCUUCGCCUUCUUCACCGUGUGCUCCAUCGGGCCCCGGGCCCUCCACCACCACAGAGACUACCAGCAGAGGUUUGAAGACUACCCACGCUCCAGGAAAGCUCUCAUUCCUUUCAUACUGUAACAACGGAGGAGCCUCGACGGGCCAGAACUGAUCGCCUGCAGCUGUGUUUUUCUGACGUUUUUGUUACAUUUGUGCCACUUUUUUCAUUGCAUUUUUUUCACUGUUUUCAUCACAUUUUUGUCACU